GGCAGCCCCCGCGCGGAGGCCCGCGGGACGCGCCCGCGAAGGUGGCGGGGCCCCGAGAGGCUCGAGGCCCCGGGCGCCGGGCCGGCCGGGGGCGGGGAUGGGGCUGGGCGCGGCGGCCGGGCUUGGCCCUGCAGCUGCUGCUGGGGCAGCUGCUGGUCGCGGGCCCCGGGGAUGCGCUCUACCUCGAGGUCCGCGAGCUGGAGAAGAAGUGCUUCAUCCAGGAGAUCCCCGAGGGCACGGGACCUAUAAGACCGAGCUCUAUGACCCUCCUAUGGAAAAGUACCAGCCCUCCCCGCAGUGGAUCAACUUGUUCGUGUUCGUGAAGGACCCGGAGAACAAGAACCUUCUGGCUCGCCAGUACGGCCCCCAGGGCAGCUUUAGCUUCACCUCGCAGUCCCCAGGAGAGCACCAGAUCUGCAUUCACCUAGAGUCCAUCCGCUUCUCCCUCUCCAAUGAAGACAAGCUGGCCGUUCACUUGGACAUGCAGCUGGGUGAACACACCAACGAUUAUGUGGAAUUUGCCACAAAGGACAAGCUAAGCCAGCUGCAUCUGCGCGUGCGGCAGCUGGUGGAACAGGUGGCACAGAUCCAGAAAGAGCAGGAGUACCAGCGGUGGCGGGAGGAGCGCUUCCGGCAGACCAGUGAGAGCACCAACCAGCGGGUGCUGUGGUGGUCCAUCCUGCAGACCCUCAUCCUCGUGGCCGUCGGCGUCUGGCAGAUGCGGCACCUGAAGAGCUUCUUUGAAGCCAAGAAGCUGGUGUAGAAGAGACCCAGAGACCUGGCUGCCGCUCACUCCCCUUCCGAUGCGGCUGGAGGGCAGGUGGCCUGGCUGCGUCUGUCUCCUGCCUCUGCCCACUCCCUACUCCUCCACCCUCCCACCCCACCCCACCCCUGCCCAGCUCUGUAGAGCUCCCUUGCCACGGGGGACAGAGGACAUGUUUGAUCCAGUUUCUCAGUCAGCACUGGGGAGGGGAUGGGUUUCCAGCCAGGGACACUGGGGUAGGCAUAGCUGUGUGUUUCGGCUGAGCAGCAGCUAGAGAGGUUGUGUCCCUAGCCCCGGUGUUAAGCAAAGCGGGAAGAAUUGUCACAGGAUGGAAAAGUGUGAAUAUAAAUUUUAUCUUGCAGA